AUGGCGACCCCUGAAAUCGAUGAAAUGGAGCAAUUCCAGACACUGUCUGACCAAUACCAACCAAAUCUUCCUGGACCCUUGAUAGGAAGUAAAAAGCCACUCUCUCAUCUUGUGACCGAAUACGCACAAGCCGACCCAACAUUUGUGGUCAAAACAAAGGCACUCGAAGCAACGCAUUCCGCAUAUCGACAAAUCAAAGGUGAUGGACAAUGCGGCUGGCGUGGAGCUGUCUUCGGCUAUUUCGAGAUCCUGCUCCGAUCUGGAGAUCCCAGUCUAAUCACUCAAGAGUUGGUUCGCCUGCGCAGCUUUGAGCAAACCAUGCGCAGCGUUGGCAUCGACUACGAUAUCAUCAUCGACAUGUUUGACUAUACUUGGGAGCUCUUUGACGCUCUCAAGUCUGCUGUCGAGCGUAGAGACAUCAACGAAGCUGUGUUGCUUAAUUCGCUCAACGACGAGAACAUUUCCAAUUCAAUUGUCUAUCAUUUCAAGAUGAUGACAAGCUCCUUCAUGCAACUUCAACCCGACCGAUACGAGGCAUUCCUGGAAAUGCCAGUUCAACAAUAUUGUUUGACAAGGAUUGAUCCUGCAAAUCAAGAGAUUGAUCAUGUUGGCCUUCAAGCAUUGACGGAUGCCGUCAUUGCGCCCGCGUACAUUGCACUUGAAGUGGCAUAUUUGGACAGAAGCACUGGCGAUGAAGUGACUUCAUACCAUUUCGUCGAUAAUGCCAAAGGAUGGCCGACAAUUCGGCUCAUAUACCGUCCCGGCCACUACGACAUCAUUUACAAAGACGAUCAAAUGCCGGUCCCAGAGCCAGCGCCGUUGCAGGUGUAUCUGCAGACGGAAACUCCCCAUUUUAUCCAGUCUUCGACCAGUCAGAACUUCAAGACUGAAGAUCCUCAAAAUCUUGACCACUUAUCCCUGAUGUUCCCGGAAGCUACAACCACCCUGACGGAUUCCUCCCUGUCGUUUUCAGGCAAUACCGUCUUCACUUCUCCCUUUCGAAAUCCGCCGACCAUGAUGUAUGCACAAUCGAAUUCCGCACAAGCGUCAUAUUUUCCACAUAUGCCUCCUACUAGUUUUCACGCGGUGCCGCCGCAGCAACAGGCGCCACCUCCAGUCCGAACGCAUUCCCUCCCACAGCGGAGCUACUCUUCGUCAAUGCUGCAGCUGACGCCGCAAAUUUCGCCGUCACCACAGUCUCCUCAGCCCCCGUCUCCAGCAACGCCAAAUUCUGCCAUUACCAGAACGCUCGUCAUGAACAACGUCAAAGCAAACGAGCCACAGAUCAGAUACAACGAGAAUUGUUUCAAUUACAGCCUUCAAGGCAACAAAAGCCUCCCUCUGGAUCCAGCAUCUUUUGGCAGGUAA